AUGUUGAGGAACUCCUGCAAAAGGUUGAAGUCAUCAGAAGCUGCAUCCUCACCCUCACAUUCACUGGCAUGCCAAAAAUUGGAUUGCGUCAAAACGUUGUACGAGUGUCUGGGUGAUCUGCUUCAGCUCCAUUUGACUCAACAAUCUCUCUACAAUGAAAGACUUGGAAAAUUGGAAGAAGAGGUCCUGGAUAGAUCUCUCAGGCUGUUGGACAUUUGUGGGGCAGUCAGAGACAUCUAUUCACAGAUGAAGGAAGGCAUCCAGGAACUUGAGUCAUCUCUACGGAGGAAAAGAAGAGGAGAUUUGUCCAAUAAAGCCAGAUCUUAUAUGAUCUCCAAAAAGCGCUUGAAUAAAGGGAUCAGGAAAUGCUACAAAGAGCUUAAGAAAGCUGAGAAGAACUGCAACUUAACAGUGGUAAACAAAAAUUCUGAAGAUGUCCCUUUGGUUAACUUAGUCAAAGAAGUUCAACUUGUUAGUGUUCUAGUAUUGGAGUCUGUUCUGUCUUUACUUUCUGGAUCAAAGACAAGGUCACAACCAAAAGCUAGGUCCUUUGUAUCAAAGUUAUUACUGCAGAAGAGAUCAUAUGAAGAAGAAUCUAAUAUUGCAGCAAUGGAACAAAUAGAAAUCGAGUUGGAUCUGUUGAACGACAAGAAGUCGAACAAGGAAGUAAUCAAAAAACUUGAGGCAGUGGACUCAAGCAUUGAAGAGUUAGCAGAGAUGCUGGAAAUCGUAUUCCGGCUUUUGCUGAUAUCGAGAGUUUCCCUUCUCAACACUCUCAACCACUAG